AUGAAUGGCAAGAGAAAAAAUUACAUAGAGACUCGAACGCAUACCGCGUCAUUCCCGAAUAGUGUGGUGUUCCCGGGAGGCGUUUGCGAGGCCGCCGACGCAGACGAAAGGUGGCUUAAACUUCUUAGUUCAUUUGGUUUUACCCAAAGCGAUUUUGAAAGUUUGCAUAAUUCUAGUAGUCCAUUAACGCCUUUAUUUCAAAAUAAUCCCAUUCUAAGGCAUGUAGCAUUGAGAAUUACUGCAAUACGAGAGACUUUUGAAGAGCUAGGUCUCCUUAUCUGCAGUAAAGAGCAUAAAAAUAAUAGGAAGAAUGUAUGGGCAAGUUUAAUAUCAGAUAUUGAUAUAAAGGAGUGGCAAUCACGUGUUAGCAAAAACCCCGCUGAUUUAUUAGUUCUCUGCAAAGAAUACAACUGUUACCCUGAUAUUUGGUCCCUUCACUAUUGGAGUAAUUGGCUCACUCCAAUCAGCCAACCGAAAAGAUUUGAUACUGCGUUCUUUAUCAGUGGAUUGGAAACAAAGCAAACAACUGUGACAAGUGAUGGUGAAGUUGUAAAUGUUGAGUGGUUUACUCCAACAGAAGUUUUAGAAAAAAGUGUUAAAAAAGAGUUGCUUCUCUACCCACCUCAAGCAUAUGAGCUUAAGAGAUUGUCAUAUUUGCCUAAUAUAAAUGAACUCUUAACAUUUUCUAAAAAUAGGAGUUGCCAGGGUAAUGAGUUACUUUAUCCAAUUGUUGUCAAAGCUAAGGAUGGCCUCCUUCAAUUACUUCCAGGUGAUCACCUCUACCCAUCCCAUGUAAACUAUUACACCAAUACUGUUAUUGAGACAGAUAAAACAAUAUUGGAACUAAGAGAAAAUAAUCAACCACUCCACAGAAUUGAAGUCACUAAAUCUGGAAGGCAGUUUGUUAUAAAUAACUAUAAACCUGAAAACCAUAUCAAUAUGAAUAACAUAGUAAUACCCUUUCCCCUGAUAACAGUU